AUGAAACCAAGUCCACUCGAUAUGGGCUAUGCCCGACCUCUCGAGUUCACUCUCUCAGUCGUAGUGAGAACCAGUCCAAGCCCGCUCGACUUUCAAUUCGCCGCCGAUACCCUUCUCUCGCAAUGGCCUGUACUGAACUUACGAAUGAACCCGUUGAAAACAAAAUUCUUGCAUCCAAAAGACCCCGGGGACCUGGCCGAGGUAUGGGAAGGAAAAACCGUUAAUCAAAGACUCAACGAGAUUCUCCGCCUUUCCUCCAGGCUGGACUCUCCACAACUGGUUGACUCCGAGGCACUCGAUAAUGUGUUAGAUUUUGGCUAUGGAUUCUUGCAUGCAUGGAAGCAGCGAGUCUUCUCCAUACGAACGGUAUUCUUAACCGAUGCCUGCAUAAUAGGGUUCAAAUUCCUACAGCCCCUUUGCAAUGCAAAUGGCGCCCAUCGAAUAAUCCAGGCUUAUUGCACUCUCCUGGGAGGAGGGAGCAUUACCCACGCCCACCAUGCCCGGCCAGCAUUAUCACUCAAAUCGGAAGUACUCGAAAAAUGCACAGAGAUGAUUCAGUCUCAUCAGAUCGCAGAUCUGCACAAAUGCUCAAUGCAUCGUACUUGGGCAGCCGGAAUCGGGGCUCUCGGAAAGCAGGUCGGGCGGGAUAUAUGCUACCGUUCAACACGACGCAUCAGCAAGAGCUUGUUGAUCCCCCGAGGGAAAGUCAAGAGCUGGUUAAAAGAAGCUAAAAGUAAAAAGGCCAAAGUAACCGAGCAUGAUCUCUUACUAGCCUUUAUCUACAAGGCUUGUUUACAUCCACCAACUCCUCACAGCUUCGGGCUAGUUAUCGACAUCUCAAAACAGCUCCAGUUUGAGACAAACCUCUCUAACCCCUGGUAUAUGAUGCCGCUGCCGGAUCCAAUGCCAACAAGCGAAUAUACGACUCCGUCAUUGGCUCGACUGGCAACGUACAUCCGGCGUGCGGUUGACGAGGCCAAGCAGCCAGAAUGCAUCGGAGAGAUUGUCGAUCAGCACAAAAAGCUGAAGAAAAGUCCCAUGGUGCCAAAGUCAUAUGGCAGCCGAGCGGCUCAACCGCGCAUCGCUUCUUGGAAAAAGCUGCCGUUUUAUGAUCUCGAUAUUCAAGGCGAAACUCCGCUCUUUGUACAGGGCAGUGUUGACUAUUGUGGACUACUCCGCGAGACUAAAAGUCACUUGGAUGAUUUGUUGGUGACGUGGAAAGCGCGGGGCCGGGAUGGGGAGGACGGUGGUUACUGGGUACAUGGGAGACUGCCUGAAGCUGUUUGGAGGUGCAUGGUGGAUAGUUUGAAAUGCCGAGAUUGA